AUGGCGGGGCGGAGCCGCGGCCGCCACCUGCCGGCGGCGCGUGCGCACUGCGCGGCGGUGAACUCAGAGGGGGCCGGGCGGUCCCGCUGCGCGUGCGCGGUUGGGGCGUUCGGUGGGCGCGCGCGGCACCUGUGGCAGCGGUCCCCGCCCCCGCCGUAUAGGAGUUCUUCACAAAUCCCUUGCUCGGUUUGCCAUCCCUUCAGAAGAGACUUGAAUGCAACUCAUUCAGCCUUGCUGUUGCACAACACUCAGUUAAGUGGAUUGUCAAGUUGCCUUGGAAAAACCCCCACAAUAAAUCAACAGAAGAUGUUUCAUGUUUUUCAGUAUCGGCCUUUGAGACUAAUAACCCAAAACAGUCUUUCUAGCAUGCAUUUAAAACUGAUGCUUUCAAGACCUGUUGCAUUGGCACAGAUAUGGAAGUCGUGGUUCUCAAGCCAUUCUCUUCUUGGAAACAAAAAUAUUAUCUUGAUGGGACCUCCGGGUGCUGGGAAAACAACAAUUGGGAGAAUAGUAGGCCAGAAACUAGAUUGCCCUGUCAUAGACAUAGAUGAUGAUGUCCUUGAAACAACGUGGAAUAUGAGUGUGUCAGAAAAACUGCAGAAUGUUGGUUAUGAAGAAUUUCUAGAGGAGGAAGGGAAAGCCCUGUUGAAUUUUUCAGCAUCUGGAAGUGUCAUUUCCCUUAGUGGGUCCAAUCCAAUGCAUGCUGCUGGCAUGCAGCACGUGAAGAAAAAUGGAAUAGUUGUGUAUCUGGAUGUGCCCACAACAGUCAUUAUGAGCAGGCUGAAAUCAAUGGCAGUGGAUCGCAUCAUGGGCCUGUCUGCUGGUAAUUCCCUCAAGGACAUACUUCAGUUUAGGAAGCCAUUUUACAAAAGGUGGCACGACAUCCGUGUUUUUUGUGGAGAGGAUGUUGCGGCAGAAGUUGUAGCAGAAAAGGUACUUGAUGCUGUGAAGAGAUACCAAGACUCGGAACUGGAAACCUUCAUUUCAACUCGGUCUAGUAGGUCUGGAAGGAGUAUGGAAAAAGACUCUCAUAAGUAUUUCAGUGACGUUGUUAUUCAGGGCUUAGCCCCUGAUGGAGGACUCUUUGUUCCUGAGAGACGACUUCCAAAAUUCACUGCUGGAGAAUGGCAAGGUCUAAUAGAAGCAACGUACGUUGAAAGAGCUGAGGUCAUACUAGAAAGAUGCAUACAUCCUACUGAUAUUCCUGCUUCUAAGCUGGCAGAAAUUAUUGGAACUGCUUAUGGAGAAAACUUCAGUUGUUCUAAAGUUGCCCCAGUUAGGCAUUUGGCAGGCAAUCAGUUUCUUCUGGAGUUAUUUCAUGGACCAACAGCAUCAUUUAAAGAUUUUGCAUUACAGUUGAUGCCACAUUUAUUUGCCUCCUGCAUUCCCAGAAGCUGCAAUUACUUGAUUCUGGUAGCUACUUCUGGGGACACAGGGAGUGCUGUCCUAGAUGGCUUUAGUCGUCUCCAUGACACUGACAAACAGAGAAUUGCUGUGAUGAAUUUUUUUCCUGAGGAUGGAGUAAGCCCGAUUCAAAAAUCACAGAUGAUUGGCUGUCAGAAAGAAAAUGCAUGGUCAGUGGGUGUCAAAUCUGACUUUGAUUUUUGCCAGACAGCUAUAAAGCAAAUCUUUACUAAUUCUGAUUUUACUGGCUUUCUUACAGUAGAAUAUGGAACUGCUUUAGCUGCAGCAAACUCCAUAAACUGGGCACGACUGCUUCCUCAGAUAGUUUAUCAUGCUUCUGCAUACCUUGAUCUUGUUCAUCAAGGUGUUACUCCUUUUGGUACCCCUGUGGAUAUUUGCAUUCCUACAGGAAACUUUGGCAACAUAUUAGCGGCUUUCUAUGCUAAAAUGAUGGGAAUUCCUAUCAGAAAAUGUAUUUGUGCUUCCAAUGAAAACAAUGUUUUGACGGACUUCAUAAGAACAGGUGUUUAUGAUUUGAGGGGAAGAAAAUUAAUUUCCACUUUUUCAUCAGCAGUAGAUAUUUUGAAGUCCUCCAAUCUUGAACGAUACUUGCACCUGAUUGCUAAUGAAGAUGGACAACUGGUAACACAAUUAUUUAACCAGCUGGAAGAUCAGGGCCACUUCCAGCUAAGGAAAGAUCUACUUGAAAAGCUUCAGCAGGACUUAGUGGCUGGCUGGUGCUCUGAGGAGGACUGUCUAGCUGCCAUUCACUCUGUGUACAGUACUACAGGAUAUAUUUUGGAUACACACACAGCUGUUGCUAAAGUAGUUGCAGAUCGAUUGCAAGAUAGAACUUGCCCAAUUAUUAUUUCAUCUACAGCUCAUUAUUCUAAGUUUGCACCUGCUAUCUUAAGGGCCUUGAGGAUUGCAGAAAUAAACCAGAAUCCAUUAAGUCAGCUUCACUUACUGAGUUCUUACAGCGCUCUGCCUCCAAUCCACUGGGGCCUGUUAGAGACCCUGAAAAAGACAGGGAAUGGGGAUCACCAGGUCUGUGCUGCCGAUAUGAGUGUGCUGAUGCACCACAUAGAAACCCUAAUCCAAAAUCAUUUCAUGAAAGUUUUUUGAGCAACUGAUCCAAUGUCCCCAGUGUGAAUUGCAAUACUGUCUUAACAAGCAGCAUGUUUUACUAAAGCCAUCAUUCACCUGGGCUGUGUCCAGUCCACAGCACAACAUCCACAGUUUUAUACUCAGUUGUCAAGCUUUCAACAGAAUUUGUAAGUAACAUGUGUGAGAUUUCUAGUGGUGGUGAAAGGUUGUGAAUUGAGAAUGUAAAAGACUGGACUACCUUUUUGCAGGUCAGACACAGUAGAGAUGUCAGCACUCCCAGCUGUCCUUGGCAGUGCUGUCUCCUUCAGAAGCCUGAAGGAGACAGAUAAUCAAGUCUGACCUUUCUGAAACUAAUAGCUCUGGUUUUGUUGCAGCAAUUAUGUGAUCCUUUGGUCUGUGGGUGAUUAAUUAAACUUUUAACUCAUUUCACUUAGGGCACUGGAACAGAAUAAGAUACUAUAAUAGUGUUCAUAUGUUGCUAAUGAGAAUGGAUUUCACUACAAAGAUUGAAGUGUACUUGUAUUGUUAAUCCCUGAACCACUGAGGAACCACUGAACUUUGUGGUAUCUUUUUGUAUAAUUUUUUUUUAUGUAUCAUGAGGCCAGUGUUUAUGUACAAAAAAUCUGGUCUUUUUGUUUUUCAGACUUUUUUCUCCCAGAUAUUUUCCUGUGUAGAACAGAAUACUUGAUUCAAUAUUUUUAAUAUAUUUGAGAUGUAACUCUUCCUCCAGUGCGUUGUGGUCUUUCUCCUGUAUGUUUUCUGCUUGAACUUUCAACUUUAGAACUUUUUUUUAAUCCCAUAGAAGAAUCUGCUAAUAGUAGCAGUAGUCUUCUUAAAUAAGAACCAGACUUUGCCUUUUCUUUACAUUUAUUUUUUUGCAUUAUAAGUUUAAUCUUUGACAUCAUAGAGCUUUCUUGUUCUAAUUACUUCUGUUUUCCUGUUUUCUUAAGUUAAGCGUCCUUGAUGUUCUAUUCUGUUCUCGCUUUGCAUGAAUUAGUGUAAGAAAGAAGCUUCCCAAAUUGCUUGGCAUCUCAUCAAGGAAAGUGAAGGAUGAAUUCCAGUGUGAUAGCAUCAGAGGUAUUCAUUAUGUAACCUAAAAUAGAUCUAUGUGCUUUUGCUAAUGAUAGGCUCUUUAUUGUUUUUUUUCUGAAGAAAAAAGAUUGAGUAGGUUGUCCUAGGAGAUCAUGUGGUUAUGGAGAAAUGUAUUCUGGUACCUGGAGGUAUAUUUGGCAAUGACAUAAAAUUAACUACAUUUCACACUAAGAUAAACGGUGAAAUGAUGUAAUGGCUAGUUUUGAGUGGCAUGCAAAUGGCUCUUUACAGGUAAAGAGCUGCCCAUCAUCAGAUGAGAGGUUGACUUUCCCACCAAGAUUCAAAUAAUCCGGUAAUUGAUAACAUUUUUGCCUCUUUGAUAUGCAACAUUUCCUAGAUGUCAAGAUUCACCUGGGGCUUUGAACUGUUGUCAUAUCUGACAGCUUCCUCUGUGUGUCUGCUUGCCACAUUAGAGGCGAAGAAGACACCACCUAGUAAACUAUUUUAAAGAAUUGUUGUUUAAAGAAUUCUUCCAGCCUAAAGUAAAAGACUCAAGCACUUUGCCACAGUGGGUGCAUUAUACAGUAUAAUUAAAUGUAGCUGAUAACAUAGGUGUAACAAAAUAGCUUUCUAGAUUAUGCCAUUCUUGGAUACCUUUUUAGAACCUUUGUAUUUCUUUUCUCAGCUCAAUCCUUGUUCACUAUUUCUGCAAUAACUUUGAAAAAGAAGUUUUUGUUUUCACAGAAUCGUGAGCAUCCCAAGUUGGAAGGGACCUCAAAACAUCACCCAGUCCAACCUUUUGUGGCAAAGGGAGCCUAGAUGAGAUUAUCUAGCACCCUGCCCAGGCACGUCUUAAAAACCUCCUGCAAUGGGGCUCUUCCACAUCCCUAUGGAGGUUGUUCCACUGAUUGAGUGUCCUCACUGGGAAAAAUUUUUUUCUUAUAUCAAGAUGAAACUUCUCCUGGUGCAACUUCCUCUUUGUCUCCAUGUGUCUCCUGAAGAGAGAACCUCUGUCCUCUUUCUAGCCACCACUGAAAUACUGGAAAGCUGAUGAUGUGGCCCCUGAACCUUCUCCAGGGUGAAAAGACCUGACUCAUGCAGUUUCCUCAUGUGACAGGGGAAUUGUCAUUUUCCAGACACAACAUUGGAAAGACCAUAAAUAUGUGUUUUGGUUUUUUUUUAAUCCAAGUUCGGUAAGAAAGAAUUGCAUAAGCAUAUUGCCGAAAAAGAAGCAUUGCUUGUGCUGGUGAUAAGUGCACAUCCACCUUGUAUUUCUCUAUGUUUAAGCCUGAUUCUUACAGUAGUUCCAAGUGGAAAAAAAAUGUACUGCUUUCUCUGGAUGUGCUCAGUAUAAGACCAGAAUUCUAAAUGUUAAAAAACCCAAACAAAUCCAAACCCAAACAAACCCAACUGCCUGGAUUGAAUUACUGGAACAGGGAUUGGGUUCAGCUUCAGGACUCAGUGGAAAUCGUGCAGUAACUGGUUCAUGGGGCUUAAUGCAAUUUGACAUCACGGGUCAAUUUGUCACACAGUUACAAUACUUUGAAGAAAUAUCUUCAAAGAAGAGCUUGUUUCUUCAUGGAAAGUACCUGAAAGAGAAAGCUGAGAUUCUAAGAAGAUUAGAGUAGAAGCCAACAUCCUACCCUGAGAUAACUCACUGCUAGAUAAACCAGUCACAACUAAACUAACGGGGGAUUUAUUUUGGCAUGACUCAAUCAGUAUUUCAAAGUUUAUGGCAGUAACUCAAGCUUGAAGUAGAAAGUAUUAGUAAAAUUUCCAGUUGCUGUUUUCCUACCGCAUGAACUAUUAUAGCAAUUGACACAAAUUUAAUAAGUAAAAAAAAUGAGCAGUUGUACCUAGUUAAGGGUUUUCAGCAUGGACUUAAGGUCUUUAAAGGCAGUGGUUAAAGAGCACAUAAGGUAUUAAUACAUUUCUCCGAAUGUCUAAAUAAUUAAUUUUUGGACUUUCAGUGAGCUAUUUUUGUGCACUACAUCUGCUUGUGGAUCCUUGUAAUGGGCUCUAUAAAAUGCUGCAGUAGUGUUGUGAUCCUGGAUGUGCACAGUAUUUGUGACCUGGUGCUGAUGCUGUGUUCUGGCAGCUGUCAUGUACAAUCUCCUGGCUUGCCUUGUUCUUUUGGGCCUGGAGAAAUAAAAGAGAAAAAAUUUCCAGUAUACUCAGUGUAGCUGGCUGUGGAGACAUGGGAUAGAGAAGGAAGCAACCCUCUUGUCUUCCCAGCCUGGAUUUUCUUAGUGCUAACAAUAUACUGUGAUUCAACAAACAUUGUGCUACUGUUACUGUCUUUUUUUCCCCCCCCACUAUCAGUAUUAUGAAAUAUUCAAAAGGCAUUAAAGACAGGACACAAGUGAUCUUUUUUUGCCUUGUGUGUUCAGUGUGCAGACAUUGUGCACACUGAAUGUUGUCAUGUGGUAUUUUCUAUUAAGGCAAAAAUGGUGUGCCAAUGAUACACAAGGGCAAAUCUAUAUGGUGCUGGUUAGGAGAAUUCCUUAAACCAUUUAGGCUUGCAGGAUACACAGUUUGGUCUUGUUUGUCUAGCAAUAGGAUGUUGCAGUCUCAAUCAAUAAAAGCCAGGUUGACAGAGAGUGUGUGUGCAUAGAUACACAUUUCCACUAGAUACACAUUUGCACUAGCUUUGUUGACCUGGAGUAAAAGCAUAGCUUUAGUUAAGCUGUUAUUCAUCUGUAUAGAUAAAAUGUUUGCUGAACACUUGCUACUACCUGAAAAACCGUAAGGAUGAAUGUAACAAAUGUAAGGACAAAUGUAAUGUCUAUACUUACACUUUUUAUUACAGGAAUGUUUAUAUGGAAAAUACUGUUUUGUUUACACGUGUACCAGCUGCUCAUUACUUGCUUUUAGUCACAGCCCUUCUUGGGGUGACAAAGAGUGAUGUGAGGUAAAGGGUGAAUAGAGCACAUAGGGACAACUUGAGAAUUUAUUUCUGAUUUCUUAGUAUCUUACAAUUAAAAAUAAUUGCCAUAUAUGUUUUUGAGGCAAUGGAAUAUUUUAGGUGGCGGAACUCUACAGGGAAGAUUCUUGGUUUUUAUGCUGUCAAGUUUGCUCUUCAAGGACAUCAAGAACACACAAUGCUAUUAAGUAUAUCAUGUUUGGCUUUCCUGAAAUAUGCAUUACUCAUUUGUAUCUGCCAUAUUUCUUUCCAAAUAAAACUUCAGGAUCCACACUGUAGCACUUUCUUUGUAAAUAUGUUUGUAAAUCAUUAUCAAUCUGAUAUAAAGGAAAUCCACUAAAAGGAGUGAGGUUUAGAGUUUGAUAUUCUUAAAUGUUGAAAGAUGUGUUCCAUCCUGUGUUUUCUUGGAAGCUGGAUGUAUAGUAACUGUUAAUCUAGUAAUUCACUUUGCUGAGACUGAGGUGGUUAGUGAGAUAAUUUGCAUCAUUCUGGAAGGAAAGUAUGUAUAGAAAAGAAUCCCACAUCCAAAAUAGCAAAUGUCUAAACACUCUGUUUAUGUUGCACACAGACUUGCCUGGUGCUGCAUGGAAAGCCUACUGUAUUUUGAGGAAUUAAUAUGGAAAAGGAAAUCUCUGAGUGUUUAAUCUUUCUUAUUCCCACUUAGUUCAGUGGAGACAUGAGAUGGUUGUUUUAACAGUUGUGGAGCAACCUUCAUUCACUUGGAAUAUUAUUUCAGGAUCAUGGGCUUAAAAAUCACUUGAAUAGCUGAAACAGCAAUGAGUAGGUAAUGUCAGUGAAUUAAAGGGAAUGGCCAGUUGAUUCUGAACAUGUAUUAGCAGCUUAAGGAGGAUUCAGAUGUUACUGUGUUUUUCCACAGGAGUUAUAAAUGUACACAGCAUGCUUAUUAGAAAUGGGAAGCUGUUGAUUCAGAAUUUUUCAGAAUGUAGCAAUCUAAAAGACAGCAGUCUUGGUCUUGCUCUCCAACUUAACUAAAACUUUUGCAGGUCUCCCAUUGUGGAUGUAGAUCUGAGCUCUUUGUUCCUUUUACUCAAGAAGACUUUAUUCCCUGAUAACUGUUUAAGAUGCUCUCUGGUCUCUUUCUUGACAGCAUAGGAAAAUUGCUCAGCUGAUUUAAGAAAACAACUGAUUUACUCUCUUAUGUAUGUAGUCUUAUAAAAUUUAACCUAGUAGAGCAUCCACAGUGUUUUCCCUGUGCAACAUAGGACCACAUUUUUCAUAAAAAGUGUAUCUCAACAAAAUCUUCACAAAAUCAGUUACUUAGCACCAGAAUUGUUACUCUAGCAUUUUAUUUAGAUAUUUCAUCACUCAUAUUUGGAAUAUACUUAGAUUUUCAAGUAUUUUAUUUUAUUUUAACUAAGUUAUUGCUAUAGAAACAUGCAGGGUAUCACCCCCAAAUAUAAAAUUCAUCAUGACAGUAAUUGAGUCAAACUGGAAAGGAAACACUGAACAGAUUUGUUAUAUGAGUUCACAUAGGAUUUGGCUCUUGAGCAUGAGUUUGUUAAGAACACAGGAGGAAAUAAAGUAAAAGUAAAAAAUCUACACAAAAUUUAAAUACUAAGGAACUACUUAAAGAUAGUAAGAUUAAUUGCUUGGUUGGGAGCUGUAAGCAACUUGCAUUUCACUGUGGGCUAAAACGGACCGGUGUUUCUACCAGCAUAGAGGUUUGAGAACAUAUUUAGCAAGUGGAACAAUUUGUGGUAGGAAAUGCUGACUUUGAACGGUGUGUGAAGAUGGUGUACCAUUCUCAAGUGAACAUGAAUUUUCAGCAUGCCUUGCAGCCAAAAGGGUUGGUGAGAUCCUGAGGUUUAGAAAUGGGAAUACUGUCAGGGAUGUAAUAUUGCUGACUGUAUUUGACUCUGGUACAUCCUUUUGGAAGAAUGCUAUGCCCAGUUCCAGGAGUCAUAAUUUUCAGUAGUGCUGGGAAGUUGGACAUAAAAAGCCAUGAGAGCAAUAGAAGGAUUAAAAAAAAGCACUGGCAUGAGAGUCUCAACAAACAGAAUUUGCUUAGUUUAGUGAAAGAAUUACCCUAGACAAACCGUCUUGGGAGAUAAAAAAAUAUAAUAAGGAACUGUUCCAUCUAGUAGUGAAAGAGUGAUCCAGCAAUUCUAAGUAGAAGUUGGACAUGUUACAAGAAGGGAUAAAGGUACAUAACAGAAAGGUAAAGACUUCCCUGUCUGGACACGUUAGAUGAUUUUCUGAAAAAAUGUGAUUUGAUAGAAACACGACCAAUUCAGACAAAUCACAUCCUUGUUACACAACAGGUCAAAGCAAAUAAUCACAAGUCAUAUUUGGCUGCCCUAGGAGUAACUUGUCUGCUGACAGAAUUUCACAGAGGUUUGAGAGCCAGAGAUUGUGAACUCAUUUCAGUUCUGCUGUAGUGUGAUCAGUACACAGAGCAAGUUGUGCUCUAAAUAGGCUACUGGAUAUGUUUAGCCUUGUUCUUUCUGUCUCUAGAGAAUUGCAAAUGGACUACUAAUGCACACUCUGACUUGACUCAUGGCUAUUAGGAUAUGGCUCAUUAGUUUUAAAUUUCAUUAUACAAUACGUUCUGUGAUGGUUUGGGCUGUAUAUACUUUCAUUAUGAAAAUGAGGUGAACAGACACAGAAGGAAAGUGCCUGUGUAAAUGUCAGCUUUAUUGAAGGUAGCUAAUUAUUAUUUAUUUUUCCAAGCGUUUAAAAGUUAGAGAUCUUUUAAGGUUUUAUUAGAUACUCUUGGACACCUUCUUUCCAUUCUUGUUUACUUGGCAUUUUUCUGGGCUUUCACAAGCAAGUUGCAAUACAAUGGCUAUUUUCAAUUCAUUUUCAGCUCAUAAUAGGAUCUAUGUAAGACAAAAUGAAAAAUCCAAUGUUUCCUUUUUAUAGUUAAACUCGACCUUUUACAUUCCAACCAAAGAUGCUCCAUAAAGCUUAGAGAAGUUAAAGUGUGCUCAUAGGGUUCUGCUCUAGCAACAUAUUUUGAGAAAAAUGUAUUUUCCCUACAUUUUAGAAUAAUUCACUAAAUUAUAAAUAAAUAGAGUAAUUAUUUUGUGGACUUUUUUACUAAGUACAUGUGGCGAUCUGAUUCUGUUUAAAAUGCUAAUAAAUGCAUCCCAUCUCUAAUGAAACUGGUGCUUCCUGCAUAAUUAAUUAGCAUUUUAUACAGAUGAGGACAGGAAAGCCAUAUUCACAGUCAUUUUCAACCAGAAUAGUUAAUAAAAGAAUUCUUUACAGUUCUGAAAGGUCACACGUGAAUAGCUCAUUUCUGCAAAACGGGUAUUUUUUGCAAGUAAAAAUUUUAGUGAAGCUUACCUGGAAUCGUUGGUCCAUACAGCUUUUAUCCACAAGGUGGCAUUCCUAACAGGAGUUUACGAGACAUGGUAAUUUCUUGCAGUUUUUGAAGAGCUCUAAGUGAAAGGCAGUCAUGAGCAUUUGUAAUGUUAUAUGAGAUUUUUAUGUUUUAAUUUUUAUAAAAUGUAAUUAACAGUAAGUCAUUAACCUUAAUGAUAGUUUAAUACUCAUUGAUAUGUGAAGUACCCAGAACUAUGUGAUGGUUCCAGGUCAGCAAAACAGCAUGUUAAUUCAUGGCAUCACAUGCUCCUAUGGACACUUUCCAACUUUAAAUUCGGAAUCGAUUUUGCUUUAAUAAAAGAAUAUAAAAAUUAAAAAAUCUGUUAUUUAAAUCCAGAGCACAAAUAAUAGCAUGGAUCUGUAUGCAAAACCCCAGUGUUUGGGGUUUUGGUAAUGAGGCACCUUGUAGUGAGUGCUGGGUUAAAGAAGAGCGGAUAACAGUAUUCACAGGGAAGAAUUUUUCAUAGCUUAAUGUUACAAUCACCAAGAAGCGUAUUUUCAGAUGCCUAUCAUCCAGGCUGGUCACUGAGCCCACAGGCAGCCCUGCUUUCUUUCUGGCUUUAUAUCUUUUUCACUUGAUUGUAAUAUUUUUAUGCUAUAUAUAUGUAUAAAAAGAAUACAUUGCUUGUUAUUCUUUUUAUAGAAGCACGAAGGGAGUAUAAUACAACCUGCUAAACUGAUACAAGUGUACUAGGUUUUAUUUAACAGGGACAUGCGUAUUAUGCUUUUCUCCCCCAUGGGUAAGGUCCUGAUCUUACUUUUGCUUCUUUUGCUGACUUUGUUAGAUCAGACCUGAGCUAAGUAAUCAUUUCUGUUUCCAUUUUAGCUAGUGCCCUAGUUGCAUUUUGUUUGGAAAAAAAGGCAUAACCUUAAGUUUAUGCUUAAAGUGGAGUCCAGUGUAAACUGUGGAUUUAUUUUUUUUAAAAUUUAUUUCAAGCCAACAGAAAGGAAUACAAUAGAGUAGUUGUUUAUUUGUUUGUUUGACUUAUUGUUUUGUAGUAGCAAAAAUUCUGUGGUGUCUUUUCUAAUGCAUGUGUACAUUUCCUGUUAAUCCUUCUGGUCCAUGUGCUGCCCCCCACUGAUGCCUCAGCCCUCUGGUUUUGCUUCUUAUCAUUUAAUACAGCUGAGAGGGCGGAGUAGCAGCUACAUCCACUGCUGACACUAAUGACAGUCUUUGCUGAGUGACAGGGUACUACUUUGACAUUAAGCAGAUGUUCUUUUUCCUAACAUGCUAUUAUACCUCUCUCAUCUCUCAAAGAUGGCUAUGCAAAGGAGAAUAUGAAGUCUUGUUCACUGACAACAAUUGUCAGUCGAAAAACCCCACUUUUAGAAUGAUCAGGCAGGUAGAACCUACCUGCUGGAUGAAUCUGGCACAAGGACUGCAGAGACAAACUUCUGAGUUAGUAUCAUCUUAUGUUGACUACCAGUAAAAUUUGAGGGCCUGAACAUCUCCCACAUGCUGCAAAUCUUAAAGAAAUGUGAUGAAAAUGUCUAUUUCAAGGAUGCCGAAAUGUCUGGACAAAGAAAGUUAUAUAUAAUAAUUAAGAAUGUUGAUGAGGAAGUAAAUAAUUUCUGGCUGUUACUUUUCAAGUUACACCUUGAAUUCUCUUUGUAGUAGUUAGGCAUAGCACUAGGUGAGUAGAUGAGGGCAAGGUUACUCUGAGAAGAGCAAGGAGCCUGUCCUAGGGAGGAGGUUUAAAAAUAGGAAAAACAAAUGUACUGAGGAAAGAAACAUUCUCUGCUCUGAUGACUGCCAUGUGGAAAGGGCUUAAAGUGAAGGAUAGUCUGUAAACAGAACUAUACACCACUAAACAAGUGAACAGGUUAGUCAAGGUAAUGACAGGGUGCAGGGUCCCCCAAAAAGCCAUAAUGUGUAGGGUGCAAUGGACACCACCAGUAGAAAUCAGUGGUGUUGAGCAUUGCUUGUGUUGCUUCUGGGACAUCUCAGGAUGUUGGAUCAGAUGGAUAUGUACUCCAACUCCCAGGAGUUGGGAAAGAUUGCACUGAAUUUGUCCUUUUGCCUGAGUUAUAUGACAGUGACUAAGAGUUCAUAUAACCAAGGGCUUGCAGGUAACGCUGUCAGAAAAAUAUGGCCAUACUGACUGUAGACAAAUAAUAGUCCUGAUACUUUAUGAUGGAUCUGCAAAUUACUUUGUUAGUACAAAGCACAUCAGGGGCUAAUUUGAUGUGGUUUAUUGUUUGCAAGAGGUGGGUUAUAAAUGUUGGGAAUUGCAUUUUAUGUAACUGCUGCUGGGUAGGCAUAGGUAUGAGUAAGUGUGAACUGGGAAAGGAAAAUGAUACUGGGAACUGUAACCACGAGUAUUAUCACUUCCCAUCUGUAACAAACUUAUGCCUAGGGCAAAGAAGCACAAUUACUGACAGAAGCUGUGUUUGUUCAUGCAAGUGAUUUUAUUGCUCUAAGUGAUUUAUCACUGUGGAUUAUGUUUUUUGAUGAAAGACUUUUCUGGAAUAAUUGUACUCAAAAGGAAAUGAGUUGUUUACCUUCAAUAGACGACCAGGUUUGCCAAUUGAAAAUAAGUUAGAUUUUUAAAGUACUUUCAUGAGGGUUUUUAAUUGGUGGGAUACAAAGGGCUAUUGUGCAACAUGGGAGUUUGCUUCCCCAAGUUAGUAACAUAAUCUCUUUCUCUCUGCCUUUCACUUCCUCAGUCUCAGAAAUCUAGAACUACACAUUUUAGAAAAUCAUCAGAUACUUAAAUAUUUCAUAUGCUUCCAAAUAUGAUUUCACUUGGUCUAUUAUCAAAAGAAUAAGCUGGGUUCUCUGAAUUUAUAUUAGAUGCUGAAGAUUGAUGAUUACUGAAAAACAGCCCUCAUUUCCUUCACAAAAAGAUGUUACGUUUUAAAAUUGUGCAGCACCUGAACUGCCAGAAUCUUUGUUCCUUGUGCUCCUGGGUCACUGAUGGUAAAGCUCAUACUUUCUUAUGCAUUUGUAAAAUGCAUUUGUUGUAAAAAGAAAUAGUUAUAAGUUAUAUACCUUCCUUCUGAGAGGCAUCUGAAUGCAAAACAGACACAGAUAUCCACUAUGUUACUAUGGCCUGACACCAGAAUUACUUUACUAAAGGCAAAUCAAAGCUAAUACCCGGUCAACCCCUGUUCAAAUGCAGAGGCAAAGCUGAGCUGGAAGAUACCAAGUGCAAAGUGAACUUUCCAAUGCUGUGAAAAACCAGUAUAAAAGCCAGUUGAAAACUACUUCACAAACUACUAAGAUCUCUGUAGUGCCCAAUACCACAAAUUGUUACUCAUUUCUGCAAGGCACAGCUGACAGCUGAUGGGGGAAAUAAAGAAAUAUAAAUUACUUUACUUUUUAAAUCUGUCCAAAAUAAAGUUUGCCUUCUGUGAGCACUUAGCUGCUUGUGCUAAGCCCUAGGGUGAAGAGUGAGUCUCCCACCUCCCAAGGUGGUGGCUCUUCAGUCAGUUCAGGGCCAGCAGAAGAAUCAUUUUCAGUGAUGAGAUCUUUUUCCUUGUAUUAAUGCAUGAUCUGUUUCAUAAAUCAAAUUACAUAUAAAUGGAACAACUUAAAAGUAAUUGUGCAGCUGAGCAACUGAUGAGUUACUGUGCCUUAUGGCUGCUGUGGCUGUGUGGGUAAGCACCAAAAAGACAAAAAUUGGUCUCUUUAACCUCCAUUGUUCCUUCUACCUCCCCAAUGAGUUUCCUGUCACUUUAAUUUAGGAUGUAUUUUGAUCAACUUAUGAAAGCAAUUCUAUGAUACAUUUGUCUCCAAUUCCCAAGAAACAAUUUCCCAGUCCUGUGUUCCUAAAUUCCCUUCUGUAUGCUGCCUUACCUUUUUUCUUUUUUUGGUAGCUGUAAUAGAUGUUGUUAGUGAUGAUGCUGUUUGUAGAUCUGGUUUUAGAGGACAGACAGAAGAAUUAAGCAACAUUUGGAGUGUCAUUGAGACCACCUUGGUAAUUUUUUUUGUUUUGCAAAGCAGAUGUCUCUGUAAUGCACUCAAAUUCUUCACCGUCACCCAUUAUCAUGAAGUCAUUUUAGCAUAACUAUUUUUUAAUUCUCUAAGCCUUUUUACGGGAUAAUUUAAAAUCAGUCUUUGUAGGAUAAAUUUAACUCUAUAUUACAAUUCAAAAUACCAGAAUCAUAAAAUUUAGAAAAAAUAAUCUUGUAAUAAUAAUUUUGUAGUUAAUGUAAUUAAUUUUCUUCCAGGCUGAUACUUGGACUGCAAAUCGAGAGUUUUAUUUCCCUUUUGGCCUCAGGUACCCUCUGAAAUGUUCAGACUUAAGUUCUGUGAACUGUGUUGUCAUUCUGUGUUGUGACAGUGUGUUGUCACUCUAAUUCUGACAGCAGGAUUUUACAAACUGUCAAGAGUUCUGAACAGAAGGAAAAGUGUAUGUAUGCAACAAUUUCCAGUGGAUCAGAAAACCAGGAGACAUUAUUCUGUUAUUAUAACUUGACCUAAGAGGAGAAGAGGUGCAUGUGUAUGAGCAUGCAGAUACUUGAUAAGUUGAUAUCUUUUCCAUAAAGCUUGAAAGUGGUGAUUUUUGCAACGUUUCAGAUUGAUUAGGGGUUGUUGGGGUUUUCUUCCAAAUUCAUGAUGGAAUGACACAAAAAUUAAGAGCUAUUUUUAAAAUCAGACUUUGAUAUAUAGAAAGUAAUAAAUAGGAGGACAGCAGUAGCAAAAGUCAGAUCCAGUGAAUAGUGAAAAGCUGGACACAAUUCUGUGCCAAAUGCCUCUGAAUUAAUGCCUGAGACUGAAAUUCUGUUCCUUUAAACGUGGUCAUGACUAAAACAUGCUAUUUCUAGCCUUAAAAUCUUACUAUAAAAGCAGAGUUGUGUUUUUCUUGAGAGAUUUGUGUAAAUUCCUGCUGCAGGGAGGCUAGGUAGCAGGGAAAUGGCUUUCUAGGGGGAGCUGAGAGGGGUGGUUCUACUUUUUGUCCAGCAAUAAUUCUGAUCUAAAGGAAUAGGAAAGCACUGAAAAUUUUAUUUAAACCUCAAAAAUUGUAUUUAAUGUGGGAUGGGCAUUUAUAGUUUAGCAGUCUGUUUAUCUGAAGCUAUAUGACUUCUUCCUGACUGUGAAGGCUCCCAGGACAUGUUGUUCAGUUUAUUGUGUGUUCUGAGAGACAGAAAAUGUGAAAGAAUUUGUGUAUAUGCACAUGUAUCUAUAAUGUACAUGCAUGCAGACUGUAUAUGUAUCUCAGUUUAUUGUGUGCACAGAAUAUCACGUUCUCAGGCUCAGAAACACAGCAUGGUUUGCAGCCCAGGGCCCCAGCUGGCCUUGGCCCUUGGCUGGUUUUGUGCAGCACCGUUGCCUGACCUUGGCUCACUGUCACUGAGAAGGCUGUUGCUGAGCUCUCAGAGUCUGUAAACUGAAACCGUGUAAGAUAAGAAAAGUAAAACCAGGCAGAACUGAACGUGCUGCGCUGGGAAGACUGUCUCAGGGACUGGGGACAAACACUGACAUGGAAUCUAUAAAACCUGAGGGAGAAAUCAGAGAUGUAGAAGAUGGCAUCUCUGCAACUGCGAGGACUUGUACUGAAGUACUGGGGUAUUGUGACAUGACUGAAAUACUUUUCUUGUUAAAGUCUGCAACACCAAUAAAAAGUAACAGAAACCACCUCAUAUGCUUUUCCGCAUUUUUUCUGCACUGACCCUCAUCUCAUCAGCUCCCUCUGAUCCAUCUGAAACACACUUCUCUGAUCAGCCUUUGGUCAAAAAUGCCUCUUGAUACCUUUUACUGCUUUGCUCGUUUCCCUCCAUGAAAUCGUGUGAAUCAUACAAACCCCCAAGGCACACUUGGCAUGUGGUGCUGUUGUCUCACUUCUCUUGACCCCAGUGUCCACACUGGGAUGGUGCUGCAGUGACCAGCCAGCCGUCUGGACUCCCAUGCAGAUGCCCAGCUUGGCUGCAGGGCUGGAAGGGCGAGGAACAACAUUCCCAGCCCCGAUAUGAGUACCCAGGGUUGGGGUAGGGACUCAGGACCCAAGAAGCUUUGCGCUAUUGCUUACACAGGCACCCAGGUGAAAAUAACUUUGCUUCUAAUCACAGCAGGCACCACGGCUGCUGGGCCCUGGCAUAGGUUCCCUCUUGCUGUCAGAGCCAAAGCCAGCAGCUGUCUCCAUAAGCACAGUACAUUUCAUAUAUGGCAGACUCUGAGCUGCCUUCAGAUCCUUCUGAUUAAAGAAAUAAAGUCGUUCUGGGAGUGUUUAGUGUGCCAUCUGGGAUGUGCUCUGCAGCUCCUCAGACCAAACUCGAGAUGGUAUGUUUCCUUGUCUCUCAUGUUUUUGUAAGUCUCCUUCUUACCAUCACCAUAUCUUUUGUUACCAAUCUCCUCAUCUCAUUUCUGCUACCAGGUGGUUAAGCAAGCAAAAGGGCAUUGCACAAAGGGACUACCUGGACAAUUUAAGCUGGACUGCAAGUGUACAUUGGUUCCAUCCAUUUUAAUUUGGAGGGGGGGGUGUUUGAGUUUGUUAUUUGUUGAUAGUGGUUUUUUGUUGUUGAGGGGUUUUUGUUUGAUUGUUUUUGUUUUUUAUAAAUGAAGAUGCAAAUAUAAAAUGGUUGGCAGUUUAGCUGUCCCUGAAAUGUCAGAUCUGAGGACCGGAUUUGGAAUGGGAUUUCUCUCUGAUUUUGUUAGAGCAUCCAUUUUGGCAUAUAAGUGAAAGUUACAGCAGAAAUUAUGUUGGUGAGACGUUUCCAAAGCUACAAAGUGUGAACUAGAUAUAGACAAAAGAGGGAAAAGUGUAUCCCAUGAACUAACCAGCCCACUUGAUCAAAUCACUCAGGAACCUGUAAAAGUAGGAUUUCAUACAGAAGGAAGAGAUGAAGGUGCUCAGGAAAAAAAGGCUUUCUAGUCAUACCGUGAACUCCUGCUCUGUAGCAGCUGCUGCCGCCCAAACUCCUCUAAAAAAACCAGUCUCUGCUGUAAGCUGAUGGCAGAAAUGUUGUUGCAUGGUGUACAGUAGCAUUUACUUUGGGGCAUUUGCUAAAAAGGCAAAAGAUACAUUUUGGAAAGAGACAGCAGUCUAUCAACUGGAAAAUAAAUUAUCUUUCUCUGCGGCCCACUCCAUUAUACCCCACUGCCCUUAGAUGCCUCCUCUGAACUUGGAUUCAGUACAUUUCCAGGCACAUCUGGGCUUAGAAAACAUAUUAUCUUGCACAAGGGAGAGCAGGUGGUCCUGUGCAGCCCUGUUUGUGUUCAGCCUAAUCUGAGAGAUUGGCUUUUGGAGGAAGGGCAGAGAUCUGGGGGCAUAUAUGCAAUUCAUCAUCACUGUGUCCAACUGAAUGUGAGAAACUGCUACACCUGCUGCUCUGCUUCAGAUGGGCUUUGAAAUACAGGCAGGCUGAAGGACGUGUGAGUUUUUCUUUCAUGAUAACAAAAAUAAGCACUUUGUUCUGGUGACUGUAAAGUUAAGGCAGUUUCCUACAAGCAGCGAUAAUUCAAGAUCAGUUUCUGGCUUGUGAUUGACACAGAAAAAAGAAGAGUAUUUUUGAAAAUGCUGGUAGAUUUUAUUAGUAAAAAAAAAAAAAAAAAGGAAAGAAAAUCACUGCUAAUUUUCAGUUUGCUGAGUUUAAUACGUCAUUUCCAACAGAAACACACUGAAUUAUCAGACAGAAGAGAAGUAAUUUCACUGCUGUGAGACAAAAUCAUCAGUAUAAAGUAACUGUUAGAAGUCUUCAUCGUGCUCUAGGAAGGAGUCCGGGUUCCUUUAUGCCACAAGAAGUUCAAACAAUGUUCAGCUGUGAAACAGGACCCAGAAUAAUGAUGCAAAGCAAAUGCCUGUUCACAUACACAACUUGUCCAAGGGCAUUGAGAGUGUGUUAGAGGGCUGGGAAGAUCCCUAAAACCAAACUGCUGGUAUGGGUGUGCCCUGAUGGAAAACAGACCCAGCAUACAGUAGCUCGGAGGCUGUGUUGGAAGAUGCAAGCUGUGAAUGCACUUUCUGUGUUUGCCAGACACUUUUAGACAAAACUGGAAAGAUUCAGUCCUGACUCAUGAAAGAUUUUUGCAAAUCUGCAGAUGCCAAGCUUGAGUUUGAGGUCCAGGAGAGGCCAAGUGCCACCUGUGUGAUUGUUGCUGCAGCAGUACUAUUGCGUCCUCCCCAGUGCAGAAAUUGGGGAAUUUUGCUGCCCUGCCAUGGGGAGCAGGUGGGUUCAUGCCCAGGGUGAGUGCAGGGCUGGGUCCUGCUUUCCAGAACUACGAGUGCUGGCUGCCCCAUCCUGUCCUGGCCUCCUUCACCCUCUGCCCUUGCUGCAGUACCACAGCUGCCUCGUACCAUGGUCCUUCCCUGCAGUGAGUGGUUUAUCUGCACUGCCAAGAGCCCCUGGGCUAAUUUGGGGGUUUAGGGAAGGCGAUAACAGGUAUACUAACAGUGCAUAUAGAUAAUUUAAUAUUUGAUUUUGGAAAAAAAAAUUGAAAUCCAAUUUCCAAACGGUGUUUAAAAAUUGAUUGUAAGAAGAAUCUGAAUUUCCCUUGUAAAUAAUAAAAAUUAUAAGUUAUCCAUUGGAAAUACAAUCUGCAGCUUCAUUGAAGCUCAUUUAUUUAGGCAGGCUAUGAAUUAUUCUGGUUUUAUUCAUCACCUGACUAUCUGGAUGAUUCUGUGUAACAUUAGCAUCCACAUCUAUAUAAUGGAAGUAAUAGUACUAUGCAUCUUUGAAGAUGACUCUGGAAUUUCAGAAUAAAGAGUUUAUUAAAGUGCUGGAUUUUACUUUGUGGAAACUCUGAAACCUGAUUCAUUUCAAGUGAAUCUCGAAAGUGUUGUAGAGUCCAGUGGGAGCAAGAUUGAAUUACUGCAAAAUGCAGGCUUGGAAUCAAUUAUAUAUUUAUUACCUUUAAAACAAUUAUCCAUUACAUUCCCUCUUA